AAACCAGACCUCUGAAAUUGAUAUAUAAAAAAAAAAGAAAAAAAAAAAAAGCAGAAGCCAGAACAGAAAAACAGAAUGCUAAUGCUAGGGAGAAUGAUCAGAUAGAGCUAAUACAUGAUUGAUGCCAUCAUCCCGGCAAUCAAACCAAUAGGGAAACAUAUUAUUCAUCAUUUCAUCCUCCGCCAGUUUACAACCAAAGCAAAGACCCAAAAAGACAGAAUAUUUUAAACUGAAACAUGAACGUAUCGAUCAACCGAAGUAAAUCCAGUUGUGAAUUUUUUCUGAGAAAAAAGGGGUUUAGGGCUUAGGAGCCAAAGUUUGAAUAGCAGCCGCAAUGCAGUUAUAGAGGGGAGGAGCGGCUGUAUGAUGGAAUACAAAACCCUAGCUGGAAUGGAGGCGAUUUUCUGGAUCAAACUCAACUUUUGAAUCCAGAAAAGCCCAUUGAUGAAUGCCUGGAGCCACGAAUAUGCCAUCCAAUUCAAACCAUAGUCUCGACAUCAACCGCUAAUUCGCAGAAGGUUUGUUGUCUAUGGUGCCGGUUGCGGUUUUCAGAGCAAAAAAGGUAGACUCAGAUGCAUUCAAGGAAGCAAAGGAUGUGGGUCAAGUUUCCUUGAAGCUUAAAUUCGUAAAGAAGAUGGAUGAACCCAUCAAGAACGCUUCCAGUUAUGAAGUUGUCGAUAUAGUCCAAGAUCUCACCUACCACAUUGAAUUAGCAAAAGGAUGCUAUAGCCUGUAGGGAUAAUCUAGCUGCCCUUGCAAGGAAUGCCUUGCUUCAAGAAAGCAAUAUUUUGAAAUUUGUGAAGCAUUCCAGUGUAAUGAGGCCCGGCUAUUAUAUAGGCAUUGAUCCUCAUAAAAAACAUGCAAGGUAUUGGUGAGACUCAAAUUUUCUAUGACUUUGUUACCAACAUUGUAACACCAAGUGAUGGAGAAGUUACGUUUGAAGGCUAUUCUAAUUCUACUCAUUUUGGCACAUUGAAGCUGAUUGUUGGUUUUGUAUCUAUGAAAUGGCAACAAUAAGGAAGGGUUUUGAGAAAUAUCAGGGAUUUAGGUUAAGGGUGAUGGGCAUUCCCUUGGAGCUGCUACAGCUUCUACACAUUAGGAGUUUGGUUUUAGUCCUGACAUUGUUUCUGGCGUUGGACAUGCAAUUCUGCCUAGUGUGUCCAAAGAACUUGCUGAAAGUUGCUCUGAUUUUGUUUCAACUGUUAUAAUGCAGGAUGAUAUCAUACCUAGAUUACAGCAGCACUGCCUCUCUAGCAAGGCUGAGGAUUGAAAUUAUUCAAACAGAUUGGUAAGUAAGCAGAGAGUUGAUUGUUAAUAAAUUUUAUCUUCUACAAUUUCAUUGAUGAUUGUAAAAUAAAUGUGCACUUGAAGUCCAUGAGCAUGAAUAAGUUAUUCAUGGAUGAAAGCAUUUUGACUAUUUUAAAAGUCUGGAUAUCAAAUUUAGCAUCAAUUUUAAGGAAUGAUUUCUAUUAUGUAAUUGCAUGGUGUUAUCAUAGUUGUUGGAAGCUGAAAAUUUUUGAAACUUAAGUAAUUUAUGAUUAAAAAUUGAAGGCUUCUCUAUAAUUUUUAUUAUAAUAAAAAGCAAAACUGGGU